AUGUUGCCGACUAUAGAUGCGACUGCACCUACAGACUUCCAGGCACACUACCCCUCAGGUUCUAAAAAUGGAGAACCCGGGUCCGGAACACGUUCUGUAAUGCAGGCCGCCGGCAAUAACUGGACUCCUUAUGAACCGCUGGAUAGAUUUUUCCAUUGGAGAGCAGGCGUAUGUGGCGACGAAAAGGGUGCAGAACCUCAAGAGCAUUUGAAAGGAGGAAAGUUUUACUUUGAUGCGUUCCGUGUUCGGGAAUACGUGCAGGGUUCCGUAAUUUUCAUGGAAAGUGAAAUUGUGACACAUCACAACGGCUUCUUUGAAUUCCACAUUUGCAAUAUUGACGACUGCGGGGAUGACAUCUCAGAACGUUGUUUCCAUGACGGGCACUGUCAAAAGCUGAUGAGAACGCCUGGAUCUUGCGAUAGCGGAACCGAUAUGAGGUGCGGCCCAAUUGAUCCAAUGCAUCCGGAGCGCUGGUAUUUACCUUGUGUCACCAGUGAGCCCGUGAUGAUUGGGGGCUGGAGAAAAACUAUCGCGUAUACACUGCCUGCUGACUUAGUAUGUGACCAUUGCGUGAUUCAGUGGUACUGGGUGGCGCACAACUAUUGCAAUCUCAAAGGUGUGGAGGAAUAUUUCACUUCACCUCAUGCUCCGAGUUGGGGUGAUUGCCCAGGCCAAGGAGGAGCAAGAGGGGGAUGGGUGUCAGGGAAGCCAGAUUGCGGUGGAGAGAUGUUUCCAGAGGAGUAUUGGCAGUGCGCAGAUGUGCGUAUUGUCCCUAAAGCUACACCGCAGCCUGCCUCUCCAGCACAUCACGCACCCCCGACAACUUCGUCCCCCGGCUCAAUUUCGUUUACUCCCUCUGAAAUAAGCAUUCCAAUGGCAGAAUCGGGGGGUAGCCCCAGCACUUCUGUUGGUGGCUUUUCGCCCUCAUCUGUGCAACUCGGUAUUGGGAGAGGAGAUACAGAAGAACAUCCAAAUCAAGAAGACGAAGGUGAAACGCAGGGCCAUGACGGCGCAACGUCACAUAUCGAUGGCGAGAAUGAAAGACAUGAGAUGGAAUUCAUUUCGGAAGGUGAUGACUCCGACAUAUCACAUCUUCAUGACGACAACGACAGUACUGAGGAUAUAUCACCCGGGACAGUUUCGGAAAAUGAAGCCGGCUGGCAUGAGGACGAGCCCUCGAACACUGAAAGCGGAGUGGAAAUGGGAGCAAGGAGUGUUGGGGAUCACACAAGAGAUGAAGGCAGAUCGGGAAAAGGUACAGAUGAUGCGACAGCUGAAUCGGACAGCUCUACUCCACAAGCACGAGAGCACGAGAGCGAUUCUUCAUCCGAGACGGACGACGGCGAUUCGCAAAAUGUGUCAGAAUCAUCCUUUAUUGAAGAAGGUUCAGAAUUUAGUGACUCAGGACCUGGUGAGAGUGAGGGAGCCGGAGGAGCACUGGGCAUCCACCAUUCGCAAGUUUAG